UAGCAGCUGGACAAGAAAAAUCAAAAUUUCCCGGACGGAAAAGGAAAAGAGCACAAGAUUGUAUUGAGUUACUGAAUUUACGCUCUGUCCUCGUCUGCUGCUAUUCCUUUUCUUCUCGUUACUUUGACGUGUUAGCUUUCUGGUGUUCAAGCCAGGUCGUACAGAAUUGAGGGCCACGGGCCUACUUUACUCGACUGAUGGCUUCUUUCGGGAUGGAGUCCUCCAUGGCGUCACUUCCGCCCGUCGAUCAAGACCACAUUGAGGUCCCUAUCAUUGAUGACAAUGAGCCCCUCAUCGAGGUCGUACGCAAACUUCAAAACUACAUGAUACAAGCGGUCUCCGAGGUCUCAUAUUCUUUUGAGGAAUUAAGAUUCUCACCUUGCGGACAGAAGCUGAGGUUACUGCUGUACUCAUUGGCAGAGAACUCGCACAACCCAUGUAUCAUCUCUGCACUGAUGAUCCUGAAGUGGGAGUUCAACAAUGCAGCCGAAAAUGACUGGGGUUUGAAUGAAGGCCGCGGCUAUGCAUGCGAAUACGUAGCAUGGCAGUUUCUCUGUCACAUCAAUCAGCGCGAGACUAUCGAAUACUUGCUGGAGGAGCUACCUAGCCCCGUGUAUACCUCGAUUAGCCUCACCCAAGCGGAGAGAGGCGCAUCGGGUUUCGCAGCGGCAGGCGACGCGCAAAGUUUCCAACGGGAAGGAGAACGAACACCCCUCCUUCUGCAUUCAUCGUCUUCGCUGUACCGAUUCUUCGGCGGGAAGAGGCGUGCAGGUAGCGCCUCGGAUAUAGCGAAUUCUGGAAGUAACGUUUCCUCUGCGGACGCGUAUGAGCUUAUGAAGUACUCCAUGUUCUUUGGACUGAGCGCCUUGGAAAUAGCAGCCAUCGCAGAAGCAAAGAAGUUCCUCAGUCAGAAAGUUGUUCAAAAGGUCAUUGAUAAUAUCUGGAACGGGGAGAUUGUGUUCUGGGACUCGCUCAGUGUUCAUUCCACCAAGAAACCUCAGUUCUUCAACAAAAGGACCGCGGAUCCAUACUCCCGCUUGAGGGUCCCAGUAUACCGCAAAGCCUUUGAGGCUGCAUUCUUCGUCUCCUUCCUGUUUCUUUACUAUGCUGUUUUGGUGGAGAGAAAGUCCACCGGAAUAGGCAUCUUCGAAACAUUGAUGUACAUCUGGAUUGCUGCUUUUGCCUACGACGAAUUCAGCGGCAUGACUGAUGCGGGGAUGGUCUUCUACCAGAUGGACUUCUGGAGUGUCUGGAACAUAGCCAUCAUCGGUACCGGUCUUGCCUUCAUGAUCAUAAGGGUUAUCGGUCUGGCGAAGAAGAGCGAUUACAUCACUGACCUAUCUUUCGAUAUCCUGUCUCUGGAGGCUUUGUUUCUAGUUCCUCGGUGAGUCCGGAGGCCCCCUGUGCCAGCAAGCUGAUACGUGUUUCAGCGGACUCUGACACAUGGGAGCUGAACAGGAUCUGCUCCCUGGUGAGCUUAAAUUCCUAUUUUGGAAGUCUGAUUCCGGUUCUCAAGGAGAUGGUGCAAUUACCCGGCUGCCCCGUAGUUGCAGGUGGCGAGG